AUGCAAACUAGCAGAGACACUAUCCUUCCGACCUCGUGCCCCGUUCCGCUUACAUCUCGUCGCCAAAACAGCACCGACGAUCUCGCUGCCGAAGUUUCGGCGUCUCCUGUUUACACGCCGUCGGACGCGCGUCUGCUGUACCGCGAGUGGCGCACGGGAUCGCACGUUGGGGCCGACCUCGCGCACUUGGAAACGGGCGAUUCCAGUCACAUCCACAAUUAUAUUAGCAUGAAUAGCGAAGAAAUACUCAGUCGAUCUCCCUUUGGUGUCUACGGACGCUCACCGAACUCGCUUCCCCGUAUCGCUGAGCGCCUUGAGAACCUCUCAUUGCGAGCGAAUAUGCCGCCGGCCACGCAGCUGGCACCGCAGGAUGUGGAUGCCGGUGCGCGUCUUUUGUCGCAGAAACUUUCAGCCAUGGAUGAAGUCCAAAUGGGAACGCCAAUCAAGUCUCAGUUCGGGUCUUACGGCUCUGUUGGACCCAGUGAGCCUGCAUCAGGUAUCAAGAAAGCGCAAAGCUACCAAGCCUUGGCUGACCUAGAGAAAAAGGGAUACUUUCCUGUGGCACCAAAGCCGUCAGCACUGGGCGUGCAAAGGGGACUCAAGGAUUCGGUGGUCAACGACAUGUGUCGUGCCGUUGUGAAACACAUGGUGGGCGACGUGUACGUGUCAGCUUCGGGAUCGUAUGGCCAGCGCAAGGUGCUAAACCAUCUAUACGAGCCUGUGUUUGCAUCGGUGCAGGUCCACUUUCGCCGUUUACCAGCUAGGUACGCGCUAUCCGUUAACCCGGACGACGUGCCUCUUCAUAUGCGGCUGCUAGCUCAAAACCAACGGGACCCAACAGCCAUUGCUGUCAAUGCUCAGCUCAAGAAGGAUGACAAUGGAGAGAUCGUGCCUAAUGUGUGCGAGGUCGUCGUGGUGUCACUAGACCGCGAGAACAUUUUGGAUGCCAUUACUAGGGCACUUACUACGAUGAAAGGGAACAUUUUGGACGCCGACGUGAUGACCACAGCGGACGGCGCGCUGCUGGAUCGCUUUGUAGUUAAAGGUUCAUUUAUGAGCGACGAGCGUCAAGCAGAGCUGCGCACGCACAUUGAACACAAUCUCCAAAGACUCAGCAUGGAUGGCGAAGAUAUGCGGCCAAGUAUCACUAGUGUACAAGAUCCAGGUGACAACGAGAAUGUGAGCUUGGCCGAGAAGCUGGGUGUACUGCGGAUGGUCGACAAGAACGAGAUUAGAGCUGAAUGGAAGCUGGACCUCAACGAGCUACGGCUGGAGAAGGCUGUUGGAAGUGGUCGCUCGGGCAGCACGUAUAGCGCCUGGUGGCGAGGCACUCACGUAGCUGCUAAGGUCGUGGAUUCGUCUGCUAACACUCAGGCGGUUGGCGAGGAGUUGCUAAAUGAGUUCCACCGCGAGGUGGCAGUCGUCACUAAGCUGCGUCACCCGAACAUUGUUUUGUUCCUCGGAGCGGCCAUCAACCCGCCUCGUUACUGCUUAGUUUUUGAAUUUAUGGAAAAUGGCACAUUGACCGACUUGAUCCGUUCUCAACGCGGACCGAUAGAAUUUUUUCGUCUGGCAUCGGAGAUGGCAAUGGGAAUGAAUUAUCUUCACCUGUGCUCUAUUAUGCAUCGUGAUUUAAAAUCUGGCAAUGUGCUCAUCGACUCGCAUGGCACCGCCAAGAUAUCCGACUUCGGGCUGAGUUGCGUGCUUGAGAUUGGUAGCUCUUCCGAUUUGACUGCUGAAACAGGGACGUACCGGUGGAUGGCACCGGAAGUUAUACGCCACGAGCCGUAUUCAAGCAAGGCCGAUGUCUACAGCUUUGGUAUUGUGUUGUGGGAGCUGCUAGCCAGAGACCAACCUUUUCGUGGUCUGACACCCAUUCAAGCUGCCUUCGCUGUUGCUCGACAACAAAUGCGUCCAGCAUUGCCCCGCCAGACGCCGCUUAAAAUUGGAGAGCUUAUUGAGCACAGCUGGCAUCACGACCCAGCGCGACGACCAGACUUUGGUUCUAUCUUAGAAGCACUUCCCUUGGUGAAGAAGUCGCUAAAAAAGCGCGAUUUUAAGAAUAUGGGCAUCUUGUAUGGUGCGUAA